CACAGCUCGUAACAUAUCUCCCUUGGAACCACCACAUAUCACCUCACAAACCACCAGAUCCGAUCAUCUCCGCCAUCUUUGGCUGGCCAUUGCGUAACUUCGAGAAUUUUCCAUAUCCUCUGGAAGGAUAAAUAACUUUCCCACUGUUUACUAUUUUUACGAUUUUAAACUCCGGCCAGUCAGAAAUUCUCGUUUGACCCGCGCGAACUGGUGGUUUGCUAUUUCUCCUUAUUUUAUCUUUUCUUUUCCAUCCGAACCCACAAGUGCACCACAAGUGCAUCAACUUCCGCAAGUUCCGUACCGUGCACUUGCACUGCCUUUCUCGUACAUCGUACAUACCCAAAUAACAAAAAUCAUUCAAAACAUCACACCCAUUACACAUGCGUCCCAGACGUUCGCACUCACCUAUCAAAACCAAACCCAACGAAUACGAUCGCCAAAUCGAUAUCGCAAGAAACGCCUCGAGAAAGUUAUGCCCAGAGAAUCCAAUGGAGGAUCUACGAAACGCUAAAGACACGGUCGCCCUCUUCGCGGACCACAUUGACCAACUCCGCCUCAAGACCGACCGGCCCAAGAGCUCCGAACUCCUCCGCACUAUCUCGUCAUCCUCAGUGCAACGCCACGGAUCCAACAACUCAUCGUCGGAUGGCUCGACGCACAAGAGCAGCUCGCUGAAGUGGGGCAAGAACCGCAGCGUGGGCAAGGAGUGGGCGGGGUCGCGAACAGGCAGCAUCUGGACGACGCUCAGCAGCGAGCUCGAGGACGUGGCGAAGCAGUUCCCAGGACUCUCGGUCGCCGCCUUCAACGAAUUCAUCGGCUCGCGCGAGAUCCUGGAGCUGGGUGCCGACUUCGUGCGCGCGUAUCACAAGCGCGGCAUCGCGCUCGAGAAGCCGUACUGGGCGGCCGAGGACCUGUUCUUCGACCUGCAGGCCGUGAAGCAGGGCGACGCGCCCGCCUCGCGCUGGACCCAGGCCCGCCCCGAGCGCAGGGCCGAGUGGGACCUCGCCGACCACAUCGCGCGCUUCGUCCUCGUCGCCGACGGCUUCCGCAGACGCUCGGUCGAGCGCGAGGAUUGGAGUGUCUGGGCGGGCGACUUUGUGACGAAUGUGCGCUUCUACUUACGCGUGCUGCGAUGCUUCAUCAAGAGAGACGCCAAGCAACGAGAGGAGCGUCGCGACGCGAUCCGCAACCAGAUGCAGAACCAGGGUCAGAACAAGGACGCGGAGGGUCUGGAGAAGAAGAACUCUAGUGGCUCCCGCGGUAGCAGAUUCUCUCUCGGCAGCCGAGGAGGAUCGAACAAGAGUUAGGGGGGGGGAAACAAAAUUGACAACUGUACACUGGGUGGAACAUGGAGCAUGGAACAAGGAGGCGUUAAGGUCCUGUUUGUGAGCUGAAAGGGGAGCUCGGAAGACACAAUGGUUAAGGAAUGCAAAUGGGUACUUUGCUUGGCGUGAUUAUGAGAGACACGUCUUGUUUUAGCUUAUGGAUUGAUACCCAGCAUAGCAAUGCUAUGGACAGAUUACGGAAUUUAUUUCAGUGUGCGUGAAUCUACAUUAGUGAUGAUGAUUGUGGUCAUGAUUAUGGGGUUACUUAGCAGUUUCCAGCUGACAACGCGUCUUUAUUGUGAUAUGUACCUGAUAUUUAGGCGGGAGGACGAAGGAAGAAGCAAUGUGAUAUAGAAACGCGCAAUUGCGUCCGGUCUACACUUCUGUGAAUACCCAAUUUUGGGAGAAGGGAUUCGGAAGGUGAGAUCAUGACCUGGAAGGAACAUUUGACAUCUCACGUAAACGGAGACCGAACUUUAGAAAUGUAUA